AUGGCUACGUCUGGUGACGAUGGCAAGUCACAGAUGAGAGUAAUUGAGGAUACACAAGUUGAGGGGACCAGCGAGGACGUCCCUACCUCCACUCUGGCCGCCAUACCAAAUCCUACAGUGCCCCCUCUAGACACAGAAUCAUCAGCAGCCACAGCAACAACAGCAGAAGGAGCGGUAGAAGCUGAACCGCUGGCGUCAGUGGCUAGUAACUCCUCACAGUCAGAGAAGUUGCCAGGGGAGACGCUGGAAUCAGCUGAGACUUCGACUUCAGAUCCGAGCGUGCCGCUGCCGGCUGCUUCACCAGCAAUUGGAGCAAGCACUGCCCUCGAGGAGUCCGAUGUAUCAACACAAGCGCAGAAACACCAAAAAUUGGGCAGCGAAUCGGUGCCAUAUCGGCCAGAUCAAGAGGGGGAGAAAGGAAUAGAUUCAACAGUCCAGAACACGAAUGAAGAGCUCGUGGCAGGGGAUGCCCAAGAGAAGGCGAUCAUGGGUGCAGAACAGGAGUCCCUCCCUGAUCCGGUAGAUGACCUUACAGCUUCGCUCGACAAAAGUACGCUCUCUACCAAUGAUCACGAAUCGGUAGCAUCUACCUCAGCGGCGCCAAGGGAUGAACAUUCAGCAUUGACCCAACAGGUAGUACUGUCGCCGCCAACACAACCUGAGGCGAAGGAAGACUUGGCCUCCCAGGCCUCUCACCCUGGCCAUGAUCAGCAGGUGAAUGACAGAGAUGGACAAGGAAGCGCAGGCACAGCUGCUCCGGAAGAGCCGAUCCCGCCGGUACCACAGAAGGAGAAUGCUCUGCCUGCUCCACCGCAAACAGGCAUUGAGGCCGAGAGUGGACCCUCAAGAGCUGUCUUGCACUCCAUCGCCACUCCGGUAGCCUCUGGAGAGCAUCUAGACGUAAGCAGAAGCUUUGCGGUUGACGAAAGAGCUUCUACAAGCUCGUCUGCUCAGCCCAUCAUCGAGAAGCCAGCCCCUGCUACUCCAGCAAAAGGUGACGGUACACGACUGCGCAAUACUUCUUCUGCUGGUAUCAAGAUCGGUAAAGGACCUCCACCGACGACCAAUCCUCAGGAAGAGAAGCCUUUUGAUUUCAAUAUCUUUCUUGACCAAAUGAAAGACCCUAGCGCAAGGGGAGUAGGCGAAUAUGUUCGCAGCUUCAUCAAAGGCUUUGCAAAGAAGCCGUAUCGUACCCAGGAUCAGAUCAAGCUCAUCUUCGACUUUCUCGAUUUCAUCUCCGUCAAGAUGCAACAAUGUUCUGUUUGGUCCAACGUCUCGGAGACGGACUUCGAGAACGCCAAAGAGGCCAUGGAGAAGCUGGUCAUGAAUCGGCUGUACGGCUUCACAUUCACCCCCGCGGUGGCCAAAGAGGGGAAGUGGACACCGCAGACGGACGAUCUGGAGCGUGAUCGUGUGCUGAAAGAAAGAAUCGAGCUCUUCGACUGGGUCACGGAGGAGCACUUGGAUGUUCCGAAGGGGGAGCAUUCGAAAGGCUUCGUCGACUUUGCGAUCCAAGAGCUGCUCAAAAUCAAUCACUACAAGGCGCCACGCGAUAAGCUCAUCUGCAUACUGAAUUGCUGCAAGGUCAUCUUUGGCCUCAUUCGACAUCUGAGCUCAGAAGAGAGCGCGGACAACUUUAUACCCAUUCUGAUCCUUGUUGUCCUGAAGGCCAAUCCCGAGCACCUGAUCAGCAACGUCGAGUACAUCGGUAGGUUUCGCAACCCUGACAAGCUGUCGAGCGAAGCAGGUUACUACUUGUCGAGCUUGAUGGGGGCUACGGCCUUCAUAGAGACGAUGGACUACUCAACGCUGUCAAACAUCUCGCAAGAAGACUUUGAGAGGAACGUCGAGCUAGCCGUCCAGAAGAUCGGCACACAGCCUCGGACAGAGAACGUUGCCUCUGCAGGGACAUUGGCUCCAGCACCCAGAGUACCUCACUCUCGAAGCGUCAGUGCUUCGGACCCUCAUGCGCCUCCCGCCGCUGGUGAAGAAGCUGCACGUACGCUACCAGGCGCUGCCGGACAAGCGCCCAACUUUGCGGAGGACACGAAAGCUUUCUUCCAGCGUACUGGAGAGGCAGCUCGGAUGGGCUUCACCAACAGCGUGGGCAAGCCCAUAGGUGCCCUCGGGAAGCUCUUCGGCGAGAGUCUCGACGGCAUCAGAACGCCACCGAAUCCGGACAUGAGCGCACCUGGCUCUGCUGGCGCUCAGACGCCCAACAGAGCUGACUCUCCAGGUCCGAGCGCGUCGCCAGGUGUAAGAAAGAGCGUCUUCGGCGGCUUCUUCGGUGCCGAUCAGCAGCAGCAACAACAACAGGCGCGUAGCGUGAGCGGAUUCAAUCCUGCGUCCUGGAGCCGGGGUCUCAAAGGCGUCAAUGAUGAAGACGAGCCACAGACGCCGUCGAUGACCGAUGCGCGUCAGGGCCCAUUCUCCUCUUUGGUCAGGAAUCCUGUCUAUUCUGAUGCUGUCCCACCAAGUCGCAAGAUUGGACAGGCUCCGGACGCGCCUAAAGCGAGAAAGGGUAUCCCACAGCGUGGUGACUCGAUUGAUCCCUUCAAUUACCCAGACAUCUCUUCAGGGUCUUCAAGCACUGGUGUGAACAGUAGCCCAGGGAUUGGCACCCCAAGCGAUGGUAGCGACGAUGAAGGAGAUGGAGACGAGAGUGCUCUGCAGCGUGCCAGGAGGAGACUGCCAGACCUCGGAGCCUUUGUGCCCUUCCUUUCUGCAGACUCUCCUGCCCCUGGCAACCCACCGCAAGCCAGCCGUUCCGCAUAUCAGCAUCAGCAGCAUCUCACCCGCGGACCGAAUCAGGCUCGACCUGCACACUUAGGCGAGUCGUCCUUCCUACAGCCCUCCUCGGAUCCGGCUGCUCCCAGCAGUGGAGGUAGACCGGGCAGUCCGAACCUGGCAGAUUUGAGCGCGGAUGUCGAACGAGUGCACGAGGAGCAGAUGGAGGCGGGCGUGGAGACGCUCGCGAAUGUGUUCCCCGAUACGGAGGAAGAGGUGAGGCGGAUGGUCCUCGAGGCCUGGUAA